CAUCAACACAUGGCCUUGUUAUUAAUAUAUUACAUUCACUAUGUACAUGUUCUCAACCACAAUUUAGCGAUGAAACUCAACGUGUUUUACGUUUAUCGCUGGCCGAAUUUUCUUUGCCAAAGUUUUAUGCUUUAUUUGGUUUAUCAAAAGUCAAAUCUGCAAGUGUUAUUGCAUUUCGUACUGGUAUAAUAAGACAACAACAACAGCAACAACAUUCAAAUCAAUUUUUAGCACUUGAUAAGCAACAAGGACAAACUUUACCGGAACGUUCAAUAACAGCAACAACAGUAACAACAAUAAAUACAUAUUCUCCAACAGUUGAACAACCUGAAAGAAUGAGUUUAACAUCACUUGAAACAAUAACGGAUACUUUAUUAGAAUUAAUGGAAGCUUGUAUGAAUGAUAUACCUGAUUGUGAAUGGUUAGCACAAUGGCAAGAAUUAGCUAAACGUUUUGCUUUUCAAUUUAAUCCUGCUUUACAACCACGAGCUAUUAUUGUCUAUGGUUGUAUAUCAAAAACAACAAGUGAUGCAGAAAUAAAAGCAUUGUUACGUAUACUUGUCAAAGCUCUCGAAUCCUAUUCGGAUAUUGAUUUAAUUGAUUCAAUAAUAAUGUGUUUAACACGUUUAUUACCAUUAUUAUCAUCGGAAUCUAAAAUACAUAAAUUUAUGUUUUGGAUAGCUCUAUCAAUUCUUCAAUUAGAAGAAACUCAACUAUAUGCAUCAGGACUAGCAUUACUUGAACAAAAUCUUCAUACACUUGAUCAUAUGUUAAAUUUAUUUGAAAAUACAAGUACACAUCAACAACAAACUUUAGAGAAAAUUAUGAUGGACGCUCGAGAACCACUAGAAUGGCAAUUUAAACAGUUAGAUGCCAGUAUGGGUUUAUCAUUUAGAUCAAAUUUUAAUUUUGCACUCGUUGGGCAUCUUAUUAAAGGAUUUCGGCAUCCCGUUCAAUCAACUGUUGUUCGGACAACCCGCGUUCUUUCAACUCUUCUUAGUAUUGUUGCUAAAUCAGAGUCUCAGGAUAAAUUUAAAGUAACACCAAGAUCAAUACCAUAUUUAGCCGCGCUGGUAAGUGUUGUUGAAGAAGUUCGUAGUCGAUGUCCAGUUAAACAUCGUCCUGUCAUGUUUUCAUCAACAAUAACUUCAAAUUCAACAAAUAUUUUACCAUUAACUUUUCCUUCGACAUCACCUGUUCAUCCACUAUCAAAUUUACCACAAUCGUAUUCAACCACAUCGAUUGCUGAUUUUGCAAAUUUAGCAGGAAAUGCAUCAUCAUCAUCAUAUGUUUUAACAAAUCCUUCAACAAAUUCGACACUACUUAAUGUUCAACAAAGUAUUUUUCCUCGUCGGCAAAAAUCUUGGGACGCAUCAUAUAUUGAUAGAACACGAAGAUUUGGUGGAAUAUUUACUAUCAGUGGUACCCGAUUAUUAACUGCUCCGACACAUGCACGCCAUUGGCAUUCAUUUGAUAUAGAACAUGCUGUACCUCGUAUAUUGACAAAGCCAGCUUCAACACUUGUUCAAUUGCAACAAGUUAAACAAGUUGUACCGACUAUUGCUGUUACACCACAAAUUACAUCUGAAACACAACAAACAUCACAAAUAAGUAAUGAAACCAAUCAUUUAUUAGAUCCGAAUGUAUUAACAGAUACAUCAACCCAAGCAUUACUUUUAACAGUCUUAGCAACACUUGUACGUAAUACAUCGGAUGAAAAUGAAAUGAGAAUUAUUUAUGAAUAUUUAUCUGAAUCAAGUAUUGCUUUUCCAAAAGUAUUCCCAGUUAUACAUAAUCUAUUGGAUGCAAAAAUAAAUUCUGUACUUUCAUUAUCACAUGAUGAAUCGAUACUAGCUUCUGUUCAAUCAAUAAUAUACCAAAUGAUUGCUUGUUCAGCUGGUGAUGAUGCAAGUCAACAACAACAACUUAGCUAUUUACAAUCAUGUGGUUUUGGUGGUUUAUGGCGUUUUGCUGGACCAUUUACUGUUUCAAGACAAAAUCCAGAUAAUGUUGAAUUAUUUGUUAAUUGUUUAGAAGCAAUGGUUGAAACAUGUUUACCCUCACUGGAUGAACACGAAGAUGGUUCAGAAAGUGGAGUCAAUAGUGGAAAUGGUUUAUCGGGAAAUAGUUGUACUAGACAUACAUCGUUACAUCAUCAUCGUACAUUUCGACAUCAUCAUCAUUUUUAUUCAACUUCUUCAACAGCUGCUUGUCUUAAUACUAAUCUAUCUUCAUCACUGUCAAGUAUUUCAAUGGAUUCAAUUCGUUCGCCAACAGAGCGUGAUGGACAAUUUUUCGAUUUGAAUGAUCUUAAUCGGCCAUCGCAAUCUCAAUCUCAAAAUGGCAAUUAUACUCGGUCUCGUAUAACACAAAAACCGAAUCUUAUAUAA